AUUUAAAGUUAUAUAGUUAUAUAUCUAGACAGGAUCGUGUAUGAGUUUCAACAUUUCCUAAAUAUGACCCAACCAGGCAAUUUCUCAUGGGUUGAACCCAAUCUACUGGCCGGAAGCGCUCAGCCAGAACAUCAUGAUCAUUAUGAUUUUUAUAAACAACAAGGAAUUACUCAUUUAGUGAGUCUUACCAAAGAUAAACCGAAAAAUCUACCUGAAAACGACGAUACUUUUACAUGGAGUCACAUUGCUAUGCCAGACUUUACACCACCAUCUGUGGAGCAAAUUGAGCAAUUCGUCUCAAUUGUCGAUCAGGCAAAAAAACAAGGAACAAAAGUUGCUGUUCAUUGCCGCAUGGGGCAAGGACGUACUGGUACUAUGUUAGCUUGCUACUACGGUAAAGACAGAGAACUUCAAGGAGAUGAAGCUAUAAAGAAAAUACGUGAAAUGAGACCAAUUUCGGUUGAGACUCAGGAACAAGAAGAAAUUGUUAGACAUUAUUUAGAACAGAAAAAUCUGAAAAAUUAA